GGCAAGAUGAGUCUUUGGGGAACACUCAGAUCGUUAGUGUUUGCUGGACUUUUUAGAACCUAACUCCAACUCCAACGCUUGGUCGUAGCUUUUCUAGGGUUUCUCUCGGCGGCAGCGAAGGUAUUGUUUUCAGCUAUGGGGGGUUGUUUCUCGCUCUCAUGUGACUCAGUAGUCACCCAAUUUUCAAACUGGGGAUUCGCAAAAGCCAAAAUUAUCCGCGACCUCAAGGACAACAUCCCAGCUUUGGAGACCAGCUUGGUAGGACUUAAGGCAGUUCGAGAUGACCUGUUGAGCCGUGUGGAACGAGAGGAGCGUUCUGGGAGCCAUCAAAGGCUUAGUCAAGUCCAGGUUUGGAUUGAAAGCGCAGACAAUCUCCGUAACGAGGUGGAUGAUCUUCUUAGCUCCAAAGAACAGCAACUUCAGCGUUUAUGCAUUGACGGACUUUGCUCCAAAAAUCCCCGAAAGAGCUACCUGUUCAGUAAGAAUGUUUCUUUGAAGCUUACAGAGAUUGAAACUCUCAGAACUACCGCUUUGCAGUUCUUACAGUUUCAGUCAUCCGUGACUGAACCUACCACUUGUUUUGAAGAAAGGCCUGUCAGUGCCACUAUUGUUGGCCGGGAACAGAUUCUAGAAAAGGCAUGGGACCACCUCACAGAUGAUGGUGUCGGCAUUGUUGGUUUGCAUGGCAUGGGUGGAGUGGGAAAAACUACACUCCUCACCCAAAUCAACAACAGGUUGUUAAGGAGCUCCCAUGAAUAUGAUUAUGUGUUGUGGAUUGUGGUCUCGCAAGACACAGACUUGCGUAAGAUUAUAGAUGACAUUGGUGUCAAGCUAGGAUUAUGUGGAGAGGAUUGGCACUCAAGAGAGGAAAGAGAGAAAUCCAUCCAGGUUUACAAUCUUCUAAGGACAAGAAGAUUCGUACUGUUUCUAGAUGACAUUUGGACCAAAGUCGACCUAGCUGAGAUCGGGGUUCCUGUUCCUACGACAGAAAACAAAUGCAAGAUAGCCUUCACCACCCGCUCCUUGGAUGUUUGUGCCCGCAUGGGAGUGCGAGACCCUAUCUAUGUCCAAUGCUUGGCACCGGACAAGGCUUUUGAGUUGUUCCUAAAGAAAGUCGGAGAACAAACUCUACAAAGUGAUGCACAGAUUCUCGACCUCGCAUCACAGGUCGCUGAGAGGUGUUGUGGUCUCCCAUUGGCACUCAACGUCAUUGGUGAGACCAUGGCUUCCAAGGAAACUGUUCAAGAGUGGAAGCAUGCGCUUGAUGUUUUGAACACCUAUGCUGCAGAGUUUUCGGGCAUGGAGGACAUCAUUCUUCCUAUAUUGAAGUUCAGCUACGACAGUUUGAAAGGGGAACACAUUAAGUCGUGUUUUAAGUACUUAGCAAUAACAUCAAGCUGCCCGAAAGACCAUUUGAUCAUGCUUUGGAUCAGCGAGGGGUUUAUAGAUGAUAGCAUGGGUGUUGAAAGAGCCAAGAACGAGGGUCAUGCGGUAGUAGAAAUCCUUGUCCGUGCCUCUUUAGUAAUUUCGGAGUUUGGUGAUACAGGAACUGUGGAACUACAUGAUGUGAUUCAUGAUUUAGCUGUGUGGCUACUAAGUGAUUGUGGGAAGUUUAAGAACAAGGUUAUCGUGCGGAAAGAUUUCAGCUUACAUGGAAUGCGAGGACUGAAUUGGGAAACAGUGACAUGGGUGUCAGUUGUUUCCACUAAAGAGAUUGAUAUAAGUCCUCAAUGCCCCAACCUUUCCACUUUGUUAUUGUUGUUAGAUAUUCAUAAUUGCUCAGAAACAGUAUUAUCACAGGAUUUCUUUCGAUACAUGGAGAGAUUAACUGUUCUGGAUGUGGCAGGUCCUUAUAAUUUCACAGAAUAUCCAGACAUGUCAUGGUUGGUCUCCUUAAGGUCUCUAUCAUUUCGGUCAACGACUAUGAAGCAUCUCCCUAUCAGUUUACUUGCCUUGACAGGACUAAUGUACUUAAACUUGAAGUCGACCAGGUGUUGGAGUUUGGCUGGCAUAUCGAAACUGUCGGGACUAAAACUCUUAUGGCUGCGUGGUUGCGUAACUAAAUUAUAUAUCAGUAUAGUGGAAGAGCUGGGGCUUUUGGAGCAUCUAGAAGAUUUGACGAUAAGCAUCGCGGACAGUGCAUGUCUUGAGAAACUUUUAAGCUUCCCAAGGUUGGCAAAUGUCACAAGUUAUCUAACUCUUGAACAUGAGCUAGGGAUGGCACAGGGGAAUAGUAUGGUGUGGAAUGUGAGAACUAUGGAAAAACUCAGUCAGUUAGAGCUGUCACGUAUUUCUACGCUGGAUAUUAAGAUAGUGGAGGGUGUCAGAACUGGAUGCUUUCCUAAUCUCACCACCGUUACCAUGACACAAAUAUGCGGCCCGGCAGAUUUGAGCUGGUUAAUCUAUGCAACAAAGCUUACCACUCUUAACAUUCGUGGAUCAUCUUUUGAAGAGUUGAUUAGCAGAGAACAAUUAAUCAAGGCAUAUGAAGAAGACCUGCUUCCAUUUGAGAAGCUUAAGACGCUGAAGCUGCAUUUUCUACCUAAUCUGCGAAGUAUAUGUCCAAGUUCUUUGACCUUCCCCUUUCUAAAGGAACUCAUAAUUUAUGAUUGUCCGAAACUGAAAAGGCUUCCGCUAGAUUCCAAGAGCAUUGCAGAAGGGCUGAUCCUCAAACAUUCACCAAAGGCAUGGAUUACAAAGAUUGAAUGGGAGGACGAAGCCACUAGGCAACGUUUCCUCCCUUCAUGCAUUGGAGAGGAUAAGUAAUGCCUAUAUGCUCACUACUGGAAUGCAAAGGAUCUGUUUGCGAGAAAUGGGAGGCGUGACAAUUGUCUUUUCUAAGUUAUAUUUUCUUUUGGGAUUUUGUGCCUUUGUUUGGUAAGAAACUGCUUCUGUUAGCUUGGUUAGUCAGACUUGUUAAAGUUUAACUCAGAAUUUCGAUGUGAUAUAUUUACAAUUUCUGUUUGUUUCCUGCAACCACUCUUGAUUGCCUCA